GUAAGUGCCUAGGCGAGCCUGCCCGGUACCUACAUAUACGAUCCACAUUCAAGUGCAUCAGUGAGGGGCAAACGUGGGGCAACGUUGGUACAAUGCGGCACUCCUUACAGUACAUAAGUAAGUUGCAGAGGAAUGACUGUAGGUAAACUUUCGGAUUGAGCCUCACAGCAUCGACAACAGCAUCCUAGAAUAGUAGUCCUUGCGGCUAUAUAUCUGUUUUGGCUUCACUUAUCAACAAAUUGCGUUGUGAGAUUAACUCUGUGGCGCUUUUCACACACACACAGCCUAGUGAGGUAGAAUGAUGGCUACACAUCAACAAGCUCCGUCCAUCCCAAAUUUGAAGGACAAGAUACCCAAGCUGGAGCCCAGGAAAAGACGUCAAGGUCCUGAGAAUCAGAUCCCGCUUCCUGAGACGCCGUCUCUACCCCCACCACCCGAUACCUCUACUCUCUCUUUCCAAGUUCCUAGCCGGCGCAUCUUAUCAAACAAGGACCACGAGCUCUUCCUGUCGUCGCCAUCAUAUAACCUUAUUGUCUCUUUCAUAUUCGGCCUCUCAGAUGCUGUUGUAGAUACGCCCAUCUCAGACGUCAAAGAUGAGCAGUGCAGCGCCGCCAUCAAAACCAUCAUCAGUGUUCUUGAUGAGGCUGAGGUGCUCGUUCAACAAACACCGCCAGACGAGGCAGGGGGUUCACGAUUUGGAAAUAAGGUCUUUCGAAAUUUCCUAGACAAGGCCAAGGCUGCCAGUCACACAUGGCACCAGAAGCUCGGAGUGGCUUCGGAUGCUGCUAUCAUAGAGGUUGAGACGUAUCUCAACCAAUCCUUCGGCAACAGGAAUCGGAUAGACUACGGAUCGGGCCAUGAGCUGAAUUUCAUGAUAUGGACUUUAUGUCUGUACCAGCUGAAGAUCAUUAGUAAAUCUGACUUCAAGCCUCUGGUCUUGCGCGUCUUCGUCCGCUAUCUGGCUCUCAUGCGGGCGAUUCAGUCAACCUACUACCUUGAGCCCGCAGGCUCACAUGGAGUCUGGGGGCUGGACGACUACCAGUUCUUACCGUUUCUAUUCGGUGCAAGCCAGUUAAUACACCAUCCCUUCAUUACACCGCUCGCGAUUCAUCAGCAGCUCACAAUCGAAGAAUUUGGGCAUGACUUCAUGUACCUAGGACAGGUAGACUUCGUGAACAGCACCAAGACGGUAAAGGGCCUGCGAUGGCACAGCCCGAUGCUCGAUGACAUCUCGUCAGCCAAGAGCUGGUCCAAGAUCGAAGGGGGUAUGAAACGCAUGUUCGUCGCUGAGGUGCUGCGUAAAUUACCCGUCAUGCAGCACUUCCUGUUCGGAUCGCUAGUCCCAGCUGCUGAAGGCAUGAGCACGGAAACUGAUGUGGGUGGCUCACGCGAUGAAGAUCUCGAGAGCGGGACUAUGGUGGUCGAACAUGAUGGCGUCAAGCAUGUGCACCAUUUGAACAGUUGGGGAGACUGCUGCGGCAUCAAGGUGCCGAGCGCGAUCGCAGCCGCGCAAGUGGCCAAAAAGGGAGGCGUUGGUGAGAGUUUACGACGCAUACCGUUCGAUUGAUAAGAUGACGGAGAUAGUAGACUCGCAUUCAUUUUGUCCGACUCAAGACAAAAACAAGACCACACCAUCAAGCCAGGGAGGUAGCAAAUAAACCCUUGGUUACUUCCAGUUAUCGACUAAUCUCCGAUCAAGUUCAGCUUCACUUAAGUAUGUAACUAUAGUGAAUAUAAAAUAUACCUAGAUUUUAGAAACAAGUCGGUUCAGUCACAAUAUCAUAAACUUGACCUAGACCUGAGAUAUAUAUAUAUAUAUAUAUACAUACA